ACCUCUAGUGUAUUAAAGUUACCCAAUAUUUUAACAAAACAUACUCGACUGUAUAUGUUAUAGUGUACCUAAAUUUGGAUUUAAUUCAUGUUUACUCUUGGUAAAUGGAGUUAACUUUAUUGUAAAAAGUGAACAUAUGUUUAUUUGAUCAAAUGAAGCGGAGUAAUUAAUUCAUCUUUAAUUCGGCAACAUCUUAGAAAAAAAAUUCGCAAAGAAAGAAAAAACAAAACAGAAUGAGCUCUUCUUCUUUACAAAAGAUCGCGGAUGAAUUCCGUGAGAUAUUUAAAGUAUUUGAUCAAGAUGGAGGAGGGACCAUUACCACUAAGGAAUUAGCAGAUGUUAUGAGGGGAUUGGGCCAAAAUCCCACAGAGCAGGAACUCAAUCACAUGGUGAAAAUGGUCGACAGUGACAAUGAUGGUGAGGUUGAUUUCGACGAGUUUGUUAAGCUAAUUGCACGGAAACUUCAGAGUGUAGAUGUCGAAGAGGAGAUACUGGAAGCAUUCCGAGUGUUUGACAAAGAUGGCAAUGGUUCCAUCUCAAAAGACGAAUUAAGGGUUGCUAUAAGAACACUUGGUGAAAAAGUGAAAGAAGACGAACUUGAUGAUCUCAUGAGAGCGGCAGAUCUCAAUGGAGACGGACAAAUUAACUAUAGUGAAUUUGUCAAGAUGAUAGCGCCAUAACUCUUACAGACGACUAUUUCGCCUUUUGCUUCCUGCAUUUCAUUUAUUAUCUUAAUUGUACAAUUGUUAACAUUCACCUAUGUUUUUAUAGGUGUGUUUAAACAAUACAUGUGAUUGUCCUGGUAUUAUAUUACAUCAUCAACACUUUGUAAAAUAACAGUUACUAGUAUGUGUUCUUGCUUUAUAAUUCUCCACAGACUGUCACAAAGUAUUUUCUAUUUUUCUGUUAUGUUUGGAGGUCUUAGACGUGUUCUUUUCAUAACUGAUAUAAUCGGAUUUAUAUGUGUAGUGUGCCCAUCUAUUUAUCUUCGUUGAAACUUUAAGAUUCUAUUAGACGUGUCUUUCUAUCAUUCAUGUAACAAAAGCAGUUUCAUAACGUAGGGUUAGAUGAUCAUAGAAAUAACAAUAUAAUAUGUAUACCGGCUCGUGUACUUAAUUUCACAUUGACACCAUCUUUCAUUAUAUAUAAUAUUUGCUCAUCUGUUAAAAUAAGGUCUGAAAUAAAAUGUAUGCUUGAAUGACAAAGUGGUUGGUAAAAGACCAAAGAGAAUUUCUAAAUAAACAGAUAAAUAGA